AUGAAAGGCGCAAGAUCGCCAUUUACUCAACCUUCGUCACACGUUCCUCCAAGUCUGGUUCCUACAUCGCGCUCAAGCUCAUCCUCAACGCCUCCGAGUGAUAAGAGCUCGGGGUCAACACUCUCUAUCUGCUCCGAUUUACCUCCACCGCCUCCGUAUUCGCGGGGCAGGAAUCCGAGGUUUUUGUUUCUAUACAACAGAAAGUUUCUGAUUUUAAUUGCCCUCCUGCUAUUUAUUAUUGCGAUUCUACUGGCUGUAAGCCUAGCAUUGAGAAAUUCGCCGAGUUUUGAUGGUCCGCAGGACAAGCCAAUUGUUGAGAAGACCACAGUCCCGUCCUGGCUGGGAACGUCUCAAAAAUUUAGAACGCCUGAGCCACGUAAUGAUGGGCAUGCUACAGUAGCGCAGGAAGCAAGUUCAAGGGCGGAGAGCGCUGGCGCUGAGAGGUCAGGAAUAUUAUCCACGACGCCAACUGCCGGUUCACGGAUAGGAUCAACGGAGAGCAGCACCCUUGCCCAAGUCACAGAAUCGACGACUAUAGCUGCUGGUACAAAGAUAGCAUCUACAACUACGGUCACUCUACCAGACACAACGACGACGACAACCGCCGAUCCGAUUAAGAAUUCCAGGAUUCACGCCGCAGUCUCUGAAGCCGAGUCAAUGAUCAACGCGGCUGCAUCGGAGAUGGGAUACAGGAUGCAUGCUGCUAGCACGGAAAUGGCCGUGAAGAUGAACGUCAUCAGUUCAAUGGCGAAUACAAAAGCGGCCGGCGAAGAGAUUAUUUCGCGGAUGAAAAGCGCCGGCAAUGAGAUGAUUUCAACGAUGAAUGCCGCCGGCGAUGAGCUGCGAUCGAGGAUGGACGCAGCGCUCGAAGAGAUGCGAAUGACGGCCGUUGGCGACAAGAUGGGAUCUGAUAUGGCCAAGGUCCGCGAAGAAGUGCAGUCCAAAUUGAGUGCAAUUGGCGCAGAGAUCAGAUCGCGGAUGAACACGGCCGCCGCACAGGUGAGGCUGCGGAUGACCAUGGCUGCUGCUACAGCCGCCGAGGACAUGAGAUUGAGGAUGAACAACGCCGGAGAAGAAAUAAGAGCAAUGUUGAACGCCUCUGGCGAGGAAAUAAGAAGACGAAUGAUUGAAGCAAUGAAAAACAUGACACGAUAA